CUCCUGCGAAACCCCAGUGACAGGUGUUACGAGGCUAGCGUCUCCUACCUCUCUUCUCUCUCUUUGCGUCCUUUCUACUAAACCGGAGUAAUAUAACUACCACCUGCUGCGCACGUUAGUACUGUUCGCUUUUCUCUCCCUCCUUUCUGGGGAUUUCUUCUCCUCCUUAUGUAAGCAGUUUCCAAAUCCUCGCUUCGGAUUUCCGUGUCAUCAGUUGUGACUUGAAAGCUGACGCUUCUUUUUAUUAUUAAGUGAAUGAAUAAGAGCUUUGUUAAUUAGGAAAAAUAUCAUCAACAAACAGGCGUAUUUUAGCCACCUCUCCACCAUUCGCCAUUUCUUCUUCUUCUUCCUCUUCUUCUUCUUCAUCUCCCUCUAUCUCUCCAUUUUGAGUCUCCCGCUAUUAGUAUUGGUACUCUCUCUCUCUCUCUCUCUCUCUCUCUCUCUACAUAUAUAUGAAAUGUGGCUUCGUGUUAUGUUUGCUUUCAGCAAAAGGUUCCUCUGAUUCAUAGGUUUAUUUAAAAUGGAGAGAUUUUGUGCAUGCUGAAAAACCCACUUGAUAAAUUUUGGAAAAGGGUUUUAUAAGUUUACUAUGAGAGGGCGUCAUGUGGAUAUUGCUGCCUCGAGGUACAAGAGUGUUCCGUCGAGAGACUUCAUAAAUGCCUAUGAUAGAGAAGAAAGUUCAGUACAUUUGCUGAAUGGAACAGGCAAAGAUAAUGGAAACCCUUCUUGGAGGCAUUCUUUUGUGCAUGUGCUGGUGGCAACGCUUUCUUCUUUCUUGUUUGGCUACCAUAUUGGUGUAGUUAAUGAGACACUAGAGAGUAUUUCUCUGGACCUCAGUUUUAGUGGGAAUACCAUGGCUGAAGGUCUAGUUGUAAGUACAUGCCUAGGUGGUGCUUUUGUUGGAUCUAUGUUCAGUGGCUGGAUUGCAGAUGGGGUUGGGAGACGCAGGGCUUUGCAGCUGUGUGCUUUGCCAAUGAUAAUUGGGGCUUCAACGAGUGCAACAACAAAAGAUCUGUGGGGUAUGCUUCUCGGAAGGUUGUUUGUUGGUACUGGGAUAGGUAUUGGUCCACCUGUUGCAGCUCUCUAUGUGUCAGAGGUUUCACCAGCUCAUGUAAGGGGUACUUAUGGUAGCUUAACACAAAUAGCAAAUUGUCUUGGAAUUAUGGGGUCUCUGUUUAUUGGAAUUCCAGCAAAAGAAACUUUCGGUUGGUGGCGCAUUUGUUUUUGGUUGUCCGCUGUUCCUGCUGCAGCCCUUGCCCUUUUCAUGGAGUUUUGUGCUGAGAGUCCUCACUGGCUUGUAAAGAGGGGAAGAGGUGCUGAAGCUGAGACUGAGUUUGAGAAGCUUUUAGGAGCAUCGCAUGUCAAAUCUGCAAUGGUUGAAUUGUCAAGAUCUGGCCGAGGAGAUGAUGCAGAAAAAGUAAAGAUAUCAGAGUUGAUUUAUGGUCGCCAUUUUAAAGUGGUUUUCAUUGGGUCUGCACUUUUUGUCUUACAACAGCUAUCUGGCAUAAAUGCCAUAUUCUAUUUCUCAUCAACUGUCUUUAAAAGCGCUGGUGUUCCUUCCAAAAUUGCAAAUGUAUCUGUUGGAAUUUGCAACUUAUUAGGUUCAGUAAUUGCAACGCUUUUGAUGGAUAAACUGGGAAGAAAGGUGCUUCUCAUAGGGAGUUUUUCUGGAAUGGCAGUGUCAAUGGGUCUUCAAGCUAUUGCACCUAGCUCGUUUGUGCCAAGCGCUGCUGCAUUAUAUCUCUCUGUUGGAGGCAUGCUAAUGUUUGUCUUGACAUUUGCUCUUGGUGCUGGUCCUGUCCCUAGUCUACUUCUGUCAGAAAUAUUUCCAGGUCGAAUUAGGGCAAAGGGAAUGGCAGUUUGCAUGGCCGUGCAUUGGGUUAUAAACUUCUUUGUUGGCCUACUGUUUCUGCGAUUACUGGAGCAAGUUGGGCCACAAGUCUUGUAUGCAGUAUUUGCUAGCUUUUGUUUGCUAGCAGUGAUUUUUGUGAAGAAGAAUGUGUUGGAAACUAAAGGAAAAUCACUCCAAGAAAUUGAGAUUGCACUUCUACCAUCAGAAUAAAGUAAUUGCAAAAUGAAACUGGCCAAGCAUCCAUUUAUAAGGCUUUUUGUGGACAUUAAGUUUACCAUUUCAUUACUCAGUGCGUGAAUAUUUGGGCACAGAGGCAAGCAUCCUGAUACUGUUCACAGAUUUUUUGGUGGUUGAUUGUCCCUAUACAUCUUGCAUGGUUUCUGGCUUUAUUUAUGGCUUGAAGUGAGAAAGUUGGCUGGACAAUGUGUAGCUGGAUAAUUUAGAAAAUACAUACAUCAGUUGCUCAAUCCGGGAAUCUUGUUUUACCAGUACAUUUUGUGAGCACAAUGUUGCAUUACAUAUGUGAUAAGACAAAAGUGCCCGCUGCUGCUGUAUAUGUAGGGAAGGAAGAUUGUUGAUAUAGCUUGUUCAAUUUUCCUGAAAUGAACCAACAAGCAAAGCAAGUUUAUUAUCGCUUGUUACCACUGACCAGUUAUAUAAUGGAAAAACGUAGUAUAUGAAACUCCUUUUGAAGGUUCAAGAAA